AUGAGUUCGUACAACGCUUACAAUCCUUUUGCUAGGCGCGAGUCGCACAGCAAGGCUUCGCUGAAUUCGUAUCGGGUUCUCGCGCCUCUCUCGUGGGCUCUAGUCAUCGUUUUUGGGAUUUUCUAUUCCAUCCAUAAGCCUGCCGACGUAUCAAACAGCUGGACCCUCUGGUCUCAGCUUGAGCGGCGAUCUACUGCGUUCAGUGUUAACAUUGUCGUGUUAGCAAUUUACUGGAUCCUCCUCCUCCUCUCCCAGAUCGGGUACCUGAUCCAACUCUUUUCCAAGGAUGUAGCGAUUUUCACUGUAGCAGCUAACGCGGCGUCGCAUUUCAUUCUGAACAACCUCUUCGUCUUCGCGUGGAUCCUCCUCUGGACCAGGAACCAUUUCUGGCCAGCUGAGGUCAUUCUGAUCGCUCACUUCAUCCACCAGCACGUCGCCUUCUGGCGCAUCCGCUCCCUGCCGCCGCUGUCGCAUCUAGCCGUCAUUGCAGGCCCAUAUGCCUGGACUUUGAUCGCGCUCUUCUGGAAUGGAGCCGCGGCAGUCUGGAGCCAUACUCCAGGUGCUGAGAUCGCCGCGAACGUUUUCAUCUGGAUCAUCUUCGUUAUUGGCGCCGCUCACAUCAUUGUGCCGGUAGAUGAACUGCUCGGAUACAGUCUGAGUCUGCUGGUCUUCGGUGUGGCCAUCGCCCAAACCGACAAGAAGACUAGCUUUCCCAGACAAUGGAUCUUUGCGUGGGUUAUUUUCGCGGUUUUCCUGCUCGACUCGAUCUACUUGACCUUUGUCAAGUCUACCAACCGGGAUAUUCUCUUCAGGAGUGCCGGGGAACCAGAAGCGAGUCAGGGUGAUCCUGAGAGGGCGCCAUUGCUACCGGAACCGCGUGAACCUGCUGCGACUUCGUGA